GUUACGGACUUAGACGUCGAAGGUGUUAUACCCCUUGACACUCUGCUCGGCUCUGAAUUACUCUGGAAAGAGAGUUCUUUUCAAGGGGACGUACGCGAGCCGCUUGUCGCACACCAUUGAUGUUAUUUGAUUCAGCCAGUUUAGCCAGUACCGGUGAAUCGUAAGCAUUGAGGAGUAGACUCAGCCCUGUAAUCGUCAGGAUGUCUGGAUGCCUCCAUAUGCCUUGCAAUCGGCCCGAGUGGCUAGAUUUUACCGAUCGUCGAAACGCAGUCUAUUCAGUUGUAGCUGGAUCACUGUUUGCGAUUGGCUGGUGGAUCAUGAUCGACUGCGCAGCUCGGCAUCCAUCGUCGGCUGAGUUGAAUCACGCGUACCAUACAAUCGGCGUGAUUUCGACGCUUAGUCUCAUUAUGGUCAAUGUCGUGUCGAACGCACAAGUCAGAGGUGAAAGGGUGUUCACGAAUGGCGUCUGCGGCCCGGCGGGGGCCCGCGUCUGGCUCUUUAUUGGCUUCGUACUCGGCUUCGCAGCACUGCUUGGCUCAAGUUGGAUUUUAGUCGCGACAAACUUCUAUUCUACUUCGUUAUCUGUGUUCCUGCAAAAUGCAUUCAUCUUUGCCAGCUCGAUGGCUUUCAAGUUUGGUCGUAAGGAAUCGGAUUCGUGGGGAUCCUAGAUAACAGCAUCUCUCUAUAGAAAUUUUUCUUAUUGCCAUUGCACACCUAGUGAAUCAAACACUAAGCAAGAACGAUUCUUUAAUGAACGAGGAGGAGACUGUUUAUUGUUAUUAUUAUAAACUGAUUAAUUUUAUUUAAAAAAAAAUUCAAAUUUUCAAGUUUAUAGAGUCCGAGCAUGGUCGAAAAUGAUCGUGUUCGAACACGGUUUGGUAUUUGUCAAAAAUUUAUGUGAAUAGACGGUUUAACAUGUAUACACAUAUUUUAUUUAAAUAGAUUAACGUUAAGGAGCACUCGGCUCAUCAAGCCUUUUAGGAACGUAGACAAAGGUCCCUACUAGAGUCGGAAAGAGAUCACGAUCAGACCUGGGGCGCCAUUGACAAAAAGCAAUGGCGUGGAAAAAAGAAUCAUCUCAACUGCGUCACAAAGCCAUUAGUUUACGCUAACUAAUGGAAUAAGGAUGGCAUAAGCAAACUGACGAAGAGUGUCGUGCGAAUACUUACUGUGAAUAUGUUUUAUAAUAUUAUCCUAUUUAAUAAAUAUUUAGCAUUAUGACUUUUAAUAUUGCCAUUAUUAUAUAUAACGUUGAAAACAUGAAUGAGUUACAAGCAACAACACUAAUGACAAACAUAGAAACUUGGAAUGCAGUUAAAAAAAGAGUAGAAAUCAUUAUUAAUCAACUGUAUAUUUGGUAGGUUUGUAAUAAAUGACGCCGAUUGUCUACUGAUUCUGCUACGACUUGUAUUUCGUCACAUAACCAAUAAAAUUAAAUAAAACAAGCAUUGAAUUGAAAUA